AUGCGGUCCGAGCCUUUUCUCCUCACAAUUAUGCCGCGAUGGCUUGCCGCUUAUGUGGAGCUUAGUCGCCUCUAUGAGCCGUUGUUUGUGUUGAUCAUAUAUCUCCCAAUCCUCGCUGGUCUAUUUCACGGCGCCCUUGUUGCACAUCCUCAAAUUACACCCGAGAUACUCCUGCAGUGUGUAUUCAAUUGGCUUCCUCUUUCAUUGCUUUGGGAGGCUUUUGCGUGUAUUGUCAACGACAUUGUCGACCAACACCUGGAUCGCAAAGUUGAGCGGACCCGAAACCGCCCAAUAGCUCGAGGAUCUAUCUCCACACAUCAAGGGUGUACUUUUGCCGCAUUAGUGAGCUUGAUGAUUCUCACGUUAAGCUCACAAAUACUCCCUUCCUUUUCUUUCCUAUACUUUUUCCUUACAACCCUCGGCUGCAUUAUUUAUGCAUUUUCAAAGCGAUUCACUUCCUACGCUCAAGCUGUUGUGGGUCUUGUCCAUGCUGUUGUUUCUCUUCUUGCAUCCUACUCCGUCGGCUUCGAUGCAUUCUCAGCACCUCGAAAUGUUCUUAUAUCGAGCCUUUCUUUGGUGGUUGCUGUCUUCUUCCUUGUGACGACGUACGAGUUUAUUUACGCCUAUCAAGACAUGGAGGAAGACAUUAAGUUCGGAAUGAAAAGUAUGGCAGUUAAAUACGGUUAUUCGGGCAGAGCAGUGCUUCUUGCAUUUUCUAUAAUUUACGGAGGUCUUCUGAUUUUGAGCGGCAUGGCUGGUGCCCUUGGGCAAAACUAUUUCUCAGGCGCGGUGUGUUCUAUCGUGACGGUUUUCCUGUCGGCCUCCCUGGUGGAUCUCAAGUCUCCUCAAAGCUGCAGUCAAUGUUUCCUGUAUGGGUUUGUUGCUGGAAGUGCGACCUUAGCUUCAGGUCUAUUAGCAGAAUAUGCCUUUUAG